CUGUUGUGUUAGCUUUACAUUUUGUUAAUUUACAUACUCCAAUACUAGCCUACCCAGGAGAAGAGCACCCUGUGAUUGGUACAUUAGCUGGAGAUGUUCAGAACUGGGCCAUGCUAAUCCAAAAUUAUAUUUUACAGGUAGCCUAUUUAAAUAAGUUGUUGAUUGAAAAUAAAUUUGGAGAUGAGUCAGAUUUUACAAUAAAAGCUGCAAAAUUUGACAUGCAUAAUGGCCAUUAAUGUUACAUUUUUUAAAUCAAUCUCUGAAGUAAAAUUUGAAAACAAGUUUGAAAUUCAUAUAGUUUUACCAUGAAUACUUAGAGAUAAUGGAAACUGGUUUCUCUGGAGUCCUCAGUAAAUUUCUCUUGCAUUUUAAUUUAUAAAACUAGAAAAAAAAAUUGUUCUCCAUGCUCAUUUUUGUCUAUGAAUCAUAAAUUAAUUUUUAAUUGAAUCCACUUAAUGUUUUUAAAAAUGCACAGUUGGCUAAUGAUGGAAUUAUGAGGGAUGCAACCCAAAGUUUCUUGGAUGAGGCCACCUAUAUUUCUGAAAAAAAAGAUGGUGGUGAGCUUGUGAGACUUGUCAAUGAUAGCCUAGGAGAAUAUUUCCGUAAAAAGACUUCAGCUGCCACGGUAAUUGUUCAUAAAAUUUAAUUCAAUACUGCUUUUGGAUAGGGUCUACAUUUAAUUUUCUGAAUCCUCUUGACUGAAACUUUAGAUCACAUUUUGAAUUCAUCUUCAAUGGUUACAACCUUACAUAUUGGUUCUUUUAAAUCUCCUCUGGUAUUCAAUCUGCUAAGAAAUUUAAAAAAAAAUGAAAUAAUUUGAAUGCCAUAGACACUGAUUUUUUGCUUUGUUUCAGGCCCUAGUGGAAAAAGUAAGAGAACUUUAUGAUGAGUUCUAUGAGCAAAAUCAAAGUACAAAUGCAAAAUUUUUGAACGAUCUACCUCCAGACACAUAUUAUGAGUCUGAUAUUCCUGAUAAACUACCAAAAGACUUAGCUUUUAGUCCGUAUGUAUUUCUUAGUUGUUUUCAUAACUCUGACUAAUUUGUUUGUAGUUAAAAAUUUCACAAUUAGUCAAUAACCUUGUCACUGAAUCUUUAAGUAAUCUCCCAUACUUUAACUGGUUGGGUGUUAUUCUGUAGCCCUGAAUAUAUCAUGGUGUGAAUAAAAUUGUAGAGUUCUUAGCUCUAGUUAUCGGCGCAAGUUCGCAAUGAAAUUCAUAUUUUGUAAUUAUACUAGGUAGUAAUUCCUCAUUAGUACUUUUCUUUAAACACUUAAGUAUAGAACUGUACGAUAACAAAGGUGUACGAUAUAAAGUGUAUUUGAAAUUGCAUUUGGGUUAAUUUACUUCAAAUCUAUUUAGGUACUUCCGACAAAAGGUUAGCAAGCUUAACUCAACUAUUAAGGUUGCUGAUGAAGUACCACGAGAUGACCCCCAUGUCAUUGAUGCAGUUUUGUUUACAAAAAAACUUGAGGAAACUUUUCUUCAGAAUGCUGCUAAAGAUCCUUUACUCAGGUUAAAAUAUUUCAAAUGCCAGUGCAAAAUUUUAUUGUAUUACUUUUGGGGGGGGGGGGGGGGGGAAAUCAUUCUACAUUUAAUAUUAGAUAGGUACAAAUUUGGCAUAUUGUUACAAUUAUUUAAAAAAAUUAAUUAUAUUUUGUAUGAAAUAAAAAAAUAUUUUGUUUACUUACAUUUAUGGGAAAAAUAAGUGUCACUUUUAAAAGACAACAUGUUUUCAGGGCACAUGUAAAUUAUUUUAAUACGCAUAUAGUUUAUUAACAUCUAUUAAAAGGGAUAUAAAACAGAACUGAAUUAAUGCUUUAUAGAACUUUAAAAUGUAAACAUCUUUUUUUAAAAAAGGUAUAGACCUUUAAAAUGUAAGAAUCUUUUAAAAAAAAGUAUUAAAAAUUAAGUUAGCUUGAAAUUAGAAUUUUCUGUCAUUCUUAGAUCUUGACUUAUAAUUGUGUUUUAUUGUGCAUAGUGGGUCUUGAGCCUAAGUUUCAUGAUGAAUGUCCUUGGCCCCCAUGAGGCUUGUGACAUAUACUUGACAUGAUUAUCUGUAUCGGUAACAUAGUUUCUAGACCAGCCUGGAGUACGAGUUAGUGAUUGGCAGUUGCUGUCUGAGCCGUGAAUGGGAAGGUUGGAUUGUAUGCCGCUAGUGACUUGCACUAUAUAUUGUAAGGAAACCUUGCUUACUCUCUAGCUAAACUUCAUCUAGAUCUGGUACUCAAUAAGGAAACAACUCCGGUGAUAUAUUUGAUGAUUAAACACGUGUUCUUUAUUGGCUGUCACUUGCUUACACUUUCACUCGUCUCACAACUCUGACUUCUCCCUGCUAUCUAGUUCUCAGUCCGGCCGCCUUCUACAUACCAUCCGGCCGCGCUCUCUUUUUCGUCCCGUCCAGAGAUCCCUAUUUAUACCUCCCCGUCCCAUAGUUCCUCUCCCAGUCCAGAUUAUACCCCGCCCCCUUUUUCUCAAUUGCCGCCAUGGUCUAGACGUCCCAGGUAAAUGCCCUGGUCAGAUGGAUGGCCGAUACCGCCCCCAGCGCUUGAUCCUUCGGUCGUGUCUGGGUGUCAGACGGCCGUAAAUGGUCAGGCGUUUGAUCCUUGGGUCGUGUCUGGGUGGUCAGACGGCCGUAAUCCCUGAUGGCCGGUAACUGUCUGGCGCCGGCGCUGGUGCGUGGUCCGAACGUGCGUGGUCCGAACUCUCCACAAUAUUAUAUGUUUGAAUUAUUGUAGGACCAGAUUAAUACUUACUUGGAUUAAAGUUUACGUUGUUCUUUGCAUAGGACUUUUGUUUAAUUUUAAUGUGAUUAUGAUGCUUGAACAUGUAAAUUUUUUUGACGAGAGAAUCUCAAUCAUACAGACUCAUCACUCUCGAUAAAUAAAACUCCAUCUAAUUUCAGUGAUCCCUGGAAUAAUUUUUUGUCUCUUGUCUAAAUAUGAAGUUAAUUAAUUAAAGUGAAUUUAUUUUUAAAAUAUAAAAUUAUUUGAAAUUUUAAAAAUUCAGUACUGUUAUAAUCCAAUGCCUAUGGCAUCAAAGUAAGCAGUAGCCACACACUGUUUUCCUAGCUUAACCAAAGAAUUUGAAAGCAGUGAUAUGGAACGUAUAAAUCGGAGACAUUAAAUACAAUUUUUGCUUCUUCUUUCAGGUGGCAGUAUUUCGGUUCAGUGACAGGUGUGACACGGUUGUUCCCAGGACGAGAGUGGUCCACCAAUUUUGCUGGGUUUUAUGAUGAUUAUGAUCCCAGAGUGAGACCAUGGUACAUCCAGGCCACCAGUGGUCCAAAAGAUGUCAUCAUAAUUCUCGAUUGCAGGUUGUUUUAGCCAUGUGUGGAUUUUAUUUUUAGCUGGAAAUAAUUUUUGGGUUUUAACCUUCUAGCCCAAAAUUGUUAAUCCUUUUUGGAAAUCUGCUUGGUUCAAUUGAUAUUUCAUUAUAAUUAAAAUUGUUCAAAAAUGGGUCAAAGGCUAUAUCAAUUAAAUUAAUAUAAUUUCCAAAAAUCGAUUAUUUUUGGAUAUUAUAAUUAAAGUGAAAUAUUUGUUCAAGACAAUAUUUCAUUCUUUCCAGGCUUAAAUAUUUCUUUAAUGAAGACUGAAAUUAAAAAUAAUUAAGUUUUUAUUUCUAAUCUGAGAAUGCUGAAUUUUCAUUACUGUGUCCAUCUUCAUUUUUUUUAAGUGUCAUCAUUGUACUCCAUUCUUCUUUUCUUGAACUUUAGGAAAAUAAAUCAACAAAAUAUUGCUUCAAUAAUUUAUUUUUUUUCUAUAAAAAUUGUUAGUUUAUCCAUGAGAGGCGAAAAGUUUUCCAUAGCUAAGGCAGUGGCCAAAACUGUGAUACAUACUUUGACCAAACAAGAUUACGUCAAUGUCAUCUGUGCCAGGAAUAGCCACUGGAAUGAAGUGGGGAAGUAAGUGGACUGUUUAAUUCAAAACUAUUGACUUUUCUUAGAGCACAUCAAUGGGAGUGCUUGAUUCAUUAUUCCAUGAUUGAAAUUGUCCAUUAUAAGCAUAAGAAGAAAAAUAACUCUUAACACACUGUUAAUAGUCUGAAGAUCUCUCUUAAUUCACAUAUGAUUUGGGUUCCUUUAUUCUUCUGCUUAUUAUAAAUGUACAAUGCAAUCAUUGUAUUUGUUAGUAAACUGAAAAUGUACAAUGCAAUCAUUGUAUUUGUUAGUAAACUGAAAAUGUACAAUGCAAUCAUUGUAUUUGUUAGUAAACUGAAAAUGUACAAUGCAAUCAUUGUAUUUGUUAGUAAACUGAAAAUGUACAAUGCAAUCAUUGUAUUUGUUAGUAAACUGAAAAUGUACAAUGCAAUCAUUGUAUUUGUUAGUAAACUGAAAAUGUACAAUGCAAUCAUUGUAUUUGUUAGUAAACUGAAAAUGUAUUUGUUAGUAAACUGAAAAUGUACAAUGCAAUCAUUGUAUCUGUUAGUAAACUGAAAAUGUAUUUGUUAGUAAACUGAAAAUGUAUUUGUUAGUAAACUGAAAAUGUACAAUGCAAUCAUAAAACAUUUCCAUUUGUUUGGAUCAAUAAAAGAAUCUUAACUUAUCUUAAGAUAGGGUUCUUGUAGCUAGGAAUUAGAUAUCAUCCAAAUAUUUUGUGGGCAGGCCCCUAAAAAUAGCUUUGCCCAUUUUAGAUUCAGAAUGAAAUUGCAGGAUUUAAUAUUCCACCAUUUUCUUGAUAAAGGAAAAAACAAAAAAUUAAACUUCAAGUCAGAAUAAAAUGUUUAUAAGUAUUUAAAAGGGCUUUAAACAUUUUAAGUCUAAAACUAAAAAAAUAUUCACUCCGAGUCAGUAAACAAAGUGUUUUAUGGAUUAUGAUUGAAAUACUUGAUAGGAUAGUAAUGAUAGGUACCCUAUCCUUCCAUGAAACAGGUGGCACUAUUUUGAUACCCAAGUACUGAGCUGUCAAGAGCAAAGGAUGGUCCCGGCCACAAAUGCUCACCGCAAAGAUUUGAUAGAAAAAAUUGACAAGCUUAAGGCAGGGGGGACAACUGAAUUAGAGUAAGUUAUCUAAUGCGUUCUAACUUAAAAUUACUAUAUGUUAACGUUAAUCAGUUUUUUUUAUUUUAAGAAAUAGAAUUAUCCCAGCUUAGGAUAGACUCGUGAUAAUUGUAUGAAUUUUUCCCAGGAAAGGUUUUGACCGGGCAUUUGACCUCCUGAGAAGUGUGCCUAGAACCGGAUGUCAGUCUAUCAUAGUUUUUGCCACGGAUGGUAAAGAUACAGAUGGGGAGGACGUGAGGUGUGGGCCUGGUAAGUGUGGACGUGAUCUCGGCCGCUGUGCACAUUGGAUUUAGCCAUUAAAAUAGAAGUUAAACAAUGUGAAACCCAUGAAGUUGUGAUCUCGGCCGCCGGGCACAUUGGAUUUAGCCAUUGCAUAGAAGUUAAACAAUGUCAAAUGCAAGAAUUCGGUUGUUGCUUAACCCACGAACUGUGGUCGUUCUGUACUGUGGCGGCCGAAAAAAUCGGCAGAUAAAAAACACGGUCUGAUAGCAAGUUCCAAUCCAAUAUUUAACUGGAAUUAUUUUAUUAAUAAUUAAAUCAUCUUCCGGUUUAAACUGUUUCAUUGAUAACUUGAAAAUAAAUACUUUUUAAUCAGAGUUUUAUAUCGCUGAUUUUUUUAAAGCUAAAAUGAAUGACGCCAUGGCUGGGGUCAUUCAGUGCAAGAACUAAUAGAAAUAUGGUUGAAAGCCAUGGCUGGGGUCAUUCAGUGCAAGAACUAAUAGAAAUAUGGUUGAAAGCCAUGGCUGGGGUCAUUCAGUGCAAGAACUAAUAGACAUAUGGUUGAAAGCCAUGGCUGGGGUCAUUCAGUGCAAGAACUAAUAGAAAUAUGGUUGAAAGCUUUUUUGGUGAGGUUUUAAGUGAUCCUGAUGAUGAUUUUAGCAUUCCCCAUGACGAUAUCAGUUGAGAUUAUUCUUCUCGUGAAUUUUAUACUCGUCUUAGUGAUACUAAAGUAGGCCUACUGAGGUUACUGUUAGACUUCGAGCCAGGCCCGGAGGUUGGGCAAGGACGAACUGAAUAUAGUCAUAGAAGCUACAGAUUAUAGUUCAGAACUAAUAAAUUUUAUAGUUAAACAACCCAAAUCAGUUCCACAGUUCCUUUUUAAAUGUUAAAUAGUCAAUAAUAACUAUUUUGCCUGAGAUUUUGUAUUUUGUGCUUGGUUCUAGCAGUGGUCCCAGUUUCUUAUAUAAAUGAUCUAAAAUUACUAAAAUUGCUUUCAGAGGUUUAAUUGCAAUCAAAACCUUAGCAAACUAUACAUUUUCUUAAAGAUAAAUGAAUUGCCAACAACAUUUACAUUGUGUUUUAAGUGUAUCUAUAAAAACUAAUGAUUUAUGAGCACUUGAAAGCAAGACAUUUUGUCAAUUUUUUUUUUCUUGAGAGCUCCAAGGUCAAGGACAUUGAGCAAAAGUUUUUUACGGGGUGGGCAAUAUGGCCAACGUUAUCUCCAUCCAUUUACCUUUCUAAAAAUAUAAUCUUAGUGGGGUCUUGUAUCAAUAUUUCUAUGUCAUUUAAUGCAAUUUCAAAUGGCACUCCAAACGCUCUAAGAAGCUCCACACCACAGAAUGAUACAUGCCACAGUUCGUGGGUUGACUAUUUGGGAUCAGAUAAAUAUUUAAUAGGACAGGAAUUUGAUUGAGCUCAGUAAGAAAUGCUCAAAUGCCUCCUGCUGUUGUGGACAAGAUAUUGUGCGAUGAAAUGUAAUACAGUGCUGUUUAGUGGCAAAAUGUAAUGCAAUACUGUGUAGGGAUGAAAUGUAAUACAAUACAAUACUGUGUAGUGAUGACUGAUAUACUCUCUUACUUAGUGGUCAUUCAUUGAUAUUAUCUAAGAUUUUUAAUGCAUUAAAUAAGUGAAGCUCAUGAUUGAUAUAAAAUACAUUUGAUGCUAAUCUUUCCUCCAGGCUACUACACUCGGAGUGGUUAUGUGCCUGGACCUAUAUGCAAGUACAACUUUACAUCUGUCUACAGUGUGGCCGUGGAGAAAAACAAAUACCUGCUUCCCAAUGUAAGCCUAGCCAGAACACUCAAAGAUUACUGCUUCAAAUGAUACAUUCUGGAAAAAACAUUGCAUAUUAAUGGAAAAAACAAAUAUUCUUAAUUUAUUUCCUCAUUUAUGGAUUAAUUAAUUAUUUUAUUAUUAUUAUGAUGUAUUAAGUAUACGUCUGAUAUUUUACAUUAACAGUAAAGACUUAUGAUAUUAUUUUACAUUGAUUCACUAGUUGAAUUUGCCAUGGGUUUUUGGGAUAAUAAUAAAGCUUAUUUGAAAAUCACGCUUCAUCCCUAAAGCUCGUAGCGCGGUACAAAGUCAUCCAUCUUAAAAAGAAAGGAAAAAUUUAUAUUUAACCACAUUGAAAUACAAAACGCAGUCUUUCCUUGCAACCAUAAACAACACAGGCCACUUUACAUCUAGGAGAUAAUAGUUAGCUGGAAAAGAUGGUAGAAAAAUGGUAGAUGCAAUAGUUCCAUUUGCCAUGUGUUUUUGGGAUGUGAUAGUUCAUAGAGCCGGAUUUUUUGAAAGAGCUAGUUGAUAUUGUGAAAUAAACAUUUUAAAACUGUGUUAUUUCAACAAAUGUAUUUCACUGACUACCCCUGAUGUUUGUAUUAACCAAUUAAGAAUCCAAUAUUUGCUCUAUUAGAAUAUGCCUCUCAGUGUGUAGAAUUAACUUUUUAUAAUUACAAGUUAUUACUGGUAAGGAACCUAUUUUGUCUUAAUUCACCAAACACUAAAUAUGUUAACUCUUUCGCUGCAGAAUUUUUUUAAAGAAAAAAUGUACAUUUUUUUUCGAAGAGCGAAAAAGAGUGAGAGGUUGAGUUUAUUAAAAAAUAUUUAAAACAUUAUUCUUUGGUUUAUAAGACUAAACUUGGUAUCAAAUGAAAGAUAAUUGAAAGGACUAUAUGUUUGUAAAAUUAUUUCUUUAGUUUAAAUAAAAUAAGUUACAGAAAAGAACCACUUUUUUUUCCCCAAGCCCUAUGAUGUACGCAUAACUCAUCUUCACUUCUAUAACUCAAGUCCUAUAACACUACUACUAUCGGAAUCAUGCGAUGGAUCUAAAUAUAAAUCAUCUUCACUAUCAAAAGAAAUAGUAUAAAUCUAUUCCAAAGCUUUUUGAGAUGUUAAUCGUCUAGGAAACUUACUCACCUACUUGGGCCUAUGGUAGCCAUAGCAACAGAAGAAAAAAAAAAGCGAAGAAAAUCAUUAAAAUAAUGCUUCAAAUGACAACAAAUAAGCCUUGGUUUCGCUGAUAAACAAUGAAGUACCACUCUUCUAUGUUAAAGACUUACUUAAAAAUAGCUCUUAAAAAGUUAAACCGAGAAAUAGUAAAGAAACAAACAUGAUAUUGAAACAACGCACAGCGUUUUGGUCCAUGCAUUUGAGAAUGGCAGAUGAACGCAGUGUGAGUUGUUCCGCGUCGAAAGAGUUAAUGAAAAAUCAUCUUUCAACAAAUGGUUGAAUUUAGCAUUUUCAAGCUUUGUUGUGUGGUUUUAAAGAUGCAUUUUUGCCCACUUUUUAUGAUGCAUUUCAUUGCCUUUUGAUGUUUUUCAUUGCCUUUUGAUGUUUUUCAUUGCCUUUUGAUGUUUUUGAGUUCUAUCUUUAGUUUUAUCUUACCAUACAGUCGUCAUCAGGGGAACACUUCCCUUUUUCACAGGCCCGAAUUUUCAGCUACCUCAUUGUAGAAGAUGCCGAGAUGUUCCCCGGGACCUUGGCAUGUGACCACAACGGCAGCCUGCUCAAACUACUUACCGGGGAGAAUCUGAUCACCCAGAUGUCUAACUAUUUUGAGUUUUUGUCCGCCAUGGCGGUGACCGGGAGCACGUUGUGGACCUCUCCUUAUUUGGACUCGUGGGGACUGGGUUUGAUGAUAACUCAUGCUGUGCCUGUCACAAGUAACAAAACUGGAAAGUGAGUGCACAACAACUUGGACAAAGUUUUAUGCCAACAGAACAAAAUUCCUUGAAAUAAAUGGAAAGCAAAAUAAAUGUCAUAGCUGCCAGUUAGGAUCAAUAAAUAUAACAAAGUAAAACAUUGAUUUACUUAGCUUCUCUAUAAAAAUAACGACACCAUCUUACAAUCUCUUCAACCACCUUCCCCUUUUCCAUAAAUUUUCCAUAAUUUUCAUUUUGUAUUCCAGGUACAUUGGAGUUGUUGGUGUUGAUGCAACACUGGAUGAAAUUGAAAAUUUCCUAACCAAACAUCAGUGGGGAUCUGUUUACUCUUUCCUGAUCAACUCUAAAGCAGGAGUUGUCUUCCAUCCUAGGCUUAAACCAAGCACAAAAGUAAGCCCUUGGCAUCUUCAUUUACUUUGCUUGGAAUGUUUAAUUUGAUUGGGGGAGUACUGCAUUCAAAAAAACAUUUAGAUUUUUAGAUUAUUAAAGGUGAAUAUAAAAAAAAAAUGUCUUUAGAUUGUGUUAACAGUUAUGUACAUGGAUCACACUCGCAAAUUUUGUUCCUAAAAAACUUUAAAAUGGUCAAAUUUGAGCGUCUACAUAAUGUUUUUAAAGUACAGAAAGACAAAUAAGAAUAAAUGAUUUAAUAAAAAUGAUAAAAUUUAUCUUGCUAUUUUGCUUUCAGAAAAAAAUAGUGAGUUAUGAGCAUCAUUUUGCUAAUUUGAAGUGUGUGCAUCAAUAGAAAUAAGAGCCUUACAGUAACCUUAAUUUGAUUUAUCCUUUCUGUGCAGCUGCUGGAAGACCCAAUCUACAUCCCUAUAUCAGGACUGGAACAAGACAAAGACGGAAAUCCUCCUGAGUUCUCUGAGAUUGAAGAGGCCAUGUUGCAAGGCAGGUCAGGCUCGAAGGUUAUCAACAAGGCCAGAGAUCAGAAGACAAGAGUGAGUACUACCUGUUAUAAUCACAUCAUUAUCACUUAUAUGGAAUACAUAAAUAGGCAAUUGGAAUGUACCUUCCCAUCAUUUCAUGGCGGCUAUUGAUAAGAUCACCAAAUUUUUGGUCAAGUAUAAAUUUAAAAAAAAAAAAAACAACCAAAAACUUGUGAAUGUUAGUUUUUAAUUAUUCACAUUGUGAACGUCUUAAGAUUAUCCAACAGAUCACCAGUGCUCUACUUGACUUGUUAAGAAUAUCUAACAUAUCAGUAGUUCUAUACUGAACUUGUCAAGAGUAUCUAAAAGAUUGCCAGAACUCUACUGGACUUCUUAAGAAUAUCUAACAGAUCACCAGUACUCUACUGGAGGAUUAUGUCACUUGACAACUCCUUAAUAUCUGUUAUAAUUAAAAACUUUGUCACAACAUUACUUCUAACUUGAAAAGAAGGUUCAUUUGUUUAAAAAUAUACGUUAUUAUAAAGAGAUAUUUGUUUUUAAUGAAUUUUGAACAAUUUAAUUUCAGACAUUCUAUUAUGGGUCUAUUAUCGGUACUGAAUAUUCAUUUGCUUUCAGUCUAGCGAGUGAAGAUAUGGUAAGUGCUAUUAUAUAUGCAUUUUAAAUAAACAAAUUAAGACAUUUUUUAAAAUCAUUUUUAACGUUAUUCCUAAACAAAAUUUCGGCUUAGAGAUAUUCCAUGGUAGACCAUCUUUCCCAGCAACUUCCCUUCUCAUUAUAUAAUAAACUUAAAGUCAUGUUUUAACUGCUUUUUGCUGGGCGGCAGAAUCAUUACGACACAGGAAAAGCAUGAUGGUGAUUUGGGCUGAAAUCCCAGCAACAUCAAUUUUAACCCCCCACCCCUCAUUUCACUUUUGGACGCUAAUCAAAACAAAAAAAAUUGAGAUGUACUUGGUCAUUUAAAAAAAAAUUAAAAAUUCUAGGACAUUUACAUCUACAAUCAGAUAUGAGAGGCAUGGGAAGUGUAAAGAAUUUCAGUCAGGUUACAGCUACCAGAAUAAAUCUUGAUACUGAUUUAACAAAAAAUAAACAAUGAUUAUUUCUCCAGGAGUUCCGUCGCUCCCAAGAGCCUAAGGACAGGUCAAACAUCGGCGUGAGCUAUUACAACCUGCUUAAGAUGUACAACACUUCCUUGCUGAGGGACAAGUUGAAAGGGACAUUUGAAGUGAUUGAGGUCAAACAGAAUGAUGAGAAGUACCCUGGACUAAGGGUGUCCUACAAACAUUCAACAAUAUUCCUAGGUUGUUAGGCCAUUUUAUGCUCAUCUUUGUUGCUCAUCUCAUAUUUAUAGAGUUUUGCUGUAAAAAAAAAGUGACCCGGUCAUCUCCAGGAAUGUUUACUAUGAAUUGUGACCUAUUUGUUAUUUAAAGAUUUGUUAUAGUGACAUGCCUGAGCUGUCCCCAGCGACCUGUCUCCAAUUGCAUUUCAAUCAUCUUGCUUUCACCAUACGUUGGGGGAAAUGUCCAUAUGAUAUUCACCGUUCAUUUACAAUCCUCAGUUUCAUGGCAAUUCUUCUGACAACACGCUGUUUUGUUAUGAAAUUAUAAACACACAGUGCGGUAGCAGACUCAUUGGCAAAGCUAAAGGUCUGCACCAUUCAAUGGCUGGGGUAAUUAAAAAACCACAGUUUUGUCCCCCUUGAGCAUUUGAAAACAUCAUGCCUUGCCAAGGGUGAGUUAGGGCACAGGGCAGGGGCAGGGACAGCUCUAUCUCAAUGUUUGCUGUGUACAGGUUUCAUUGUAGAGCAGCUAACUUUGUGGACAUGCUAACAUUUACAUCACAAACUUUUACAUUUCUGAGCACAUUUUUGGACACACCCCUGUGAAGAAACUUAUAAUUAGGCUACAAACAUGUGCAUACAUUUAUUAAGCCACCAAAUGACAUAGAUUUUAUUAUAUGUGUGACAUAAGAGUGACAUAAAUAUGUCACAAGAGUGACACUAGAGUGACAUAAGAGAUCUAUGUUGAAUAAAUCAUUAUUCAAUGUCAACUUUAAAAAAAGAAAAAAAAGGUCACACAUUUUUAAUGCUAACUCAUGCAUAUUGCUUAUCCCCAAAUUAAUUGUUGAUCUUCAAUGCUUUGACCAGCACCCCAGAGCCACUGUGAUCCCAUCAGGUAUUCUUACAAUGACAGUCUAGAAGAGAAGACUCUGGAUGCCCACCUGUGGAUUAAUGGCAAAGACCCGGAUGUGGGCUGUGAUGAUGAUAACACUGGACAGAUGUAUAACAAAGGCAUCAGGUGAGGCUAAAAUUUGCGUGCUACAAUAUUACUUAAUUGAAAUUAGCUCUAAUUCAUUUCACUAAUUGGUAAAGAAUAUAUUUAAAGUAACCGAGAGGAAGAAUUAAACUUGAAAAGUAACAUCAAAUUUUACCAUGCCUGUCCACGCCCACUCCAACAGAGCUGAUGUUCUGAUCACAUACCCAAUAGAGGAGAUUUGGAAGACAAGAAACUUUGAGUCUCUUGAUCAGGUCAAGUGGACAAAUGUCGGCUUGAGAAGUGGAGUUUUUCGCACCUAUCCUGGCCACAGGUCAACUAGAAAUUAUGACCCAACCCAGUGAGUCUCAAGCUGCUGUUAAAAGAAAUUUUUUUAGGGCUAACUGCCAAUACAAUUCACUUUUUGCUUAUAUUCACAAGUCAUUGACUAAUUAUAAAGAUAGAUAAGGUAAUAAAAAUAGAUAAGGUAUUUCAUUAAAUUUAUGAAUAGUAAUCUCACUCACACUCCGGAAAUGUAAUCAUAUAAGCAAAAUAAUUAUUAUUUGUCUUAAUAUUAAAUCUAAUUUCCUCAACUAUUUAACACAGACACAAAAAUGGGGAUUUUUUUUAAAGAGCCAUUUUAGCAAAACGUUAUUGACUGUACGACUACAUACAAACUGAAACUGAAGUUCCUAAAAAUAAAUGUCUGUAUUUGACCUCCUCAGACGACCUUGGUACAAGCGUACCAGCUCUGCCCCCCAUAAAACAUCUGUGUCCACCCCAUACAUGGACUCCGCAGGUGUCGGUAAAAUCAACACAAUCUCCCAGGCUGUGUUUGAGGGCAUGACGCCUAAAACCGAUGAAGAGUGCGCCAACUUCACCAAAGGGAAGCUGAUGGGGGGAUGUCACUGCGAUGUGGACACAGAUUGUUACAUCAGUCAGUCCACUCAUUUUAUUGUCACAUUUAAAUGAAACCAAUGAUUGCUAAUUGGAAAGUUAACAUUUAUGAUUGCCAACUUAUGAGACUAAGAUUUAUUUUAAUGGGGGCAUUCAUAUUAUACAUAUACAAAUUAUGAGGGGGAGGGGUGUGCACUGCCAUUAAAAAGCUUCAGUAAAUGAAUAAGUUGCAAACAUAUUUGACUUGGUUGAACUGAUGAAGGCAUCAGCCGAAAUAUUUUGUCUUUUAAUUAAAGCUUAGAUUUACUGUCAUAUUUAAAUAUAUUGUUUGUUUAUUAUUAAUAUAAAUAAACAACAGAUGAUAGAGAUUAAAAAAAGAUUUAGUUAUUUUACCACUUUUAUUAUUUCUUUUGCUGCUGUACUUAAAAAGAGCAAACUUUAUUUUGACAAAUAAAAUAAAUUUAAGAAAACACCAGGUUUUCUCAACCAUACUUGUCAAGAAAAAUUAACAGAACAGAUCGAAUGAUCUUGUAGAUAUAGCAACAAAUUUUAUUAUCCCAGGUCGCAAUUCUAUCAUUCACGGCACAUCCAUUAAUUUCAAUCUUUAUAGAAAGCUAUGUGGAGACAUCUUUUUGUCAGCAUAUGUUUCUCGGCAUCUGCCAGCAUAUGUUUCUUGGCUUCUGCCAGCAUAUGUUUCUUGGCAUCAUCCAGCAUAUGUUUCUUGGCAUCUCCCAGCAUAUGUUUCUUGGCAUCAUCCAACAUAUGUUUCUUUCUUUACAAAUGUUACCAUUUGGAUUAAGCCAAUAAAAGAGUAUGUUUCAAGCCGAUUAUUGCAGUCAAAUCCAAGGCAGAUUACGACAUAUCUCCUGAAGUCACUUCCUAUUUUACAGAGGUGUGUUACUUGAGCAAGGCCAAGGGUCCGAACUCAGAAAACCGUCGUUGUGCAACAGAGAGAGUGGAAGCAGUAACGGGCCUUGAUAUUUUGUAUGAUGACUUCCAGAAGAAAACAUUAGAGAGCAUGCAGGCAUCAGACUUUCGCAAGUCCUGUGGCCAGAAAUACACUUGUAAUGGUGAACCAGACUGUGAGACUAGGUAAGUUAUUGCCUUUUUAUACGUUAAAUAUUCCCUCUAUAUUCCAACACUAUUCUCCAACACAAAAAUUUUUGGUAAUUUUUGGUACGGUACUCCUUUAAGAUUGAAUCUAAAGAUUGAAUAUAAUUAUCUGAUUUUAAAAUGGCUCAGUGAUUAAAAAAAAACAGUUUUUAAAUUAAUUUAUUUUAUAUUUAAUUUUAUAUUUAAAUUUGAACAUUCUAUUUUGAAACUAAAUCAAAAUAAAUUCAAGUUGUUUACUGAAAGAAUUAAAAAAAAUUUAAAAUUUAACUAUCUAAAUUUCCCACUACGGAUGAGCCUACAUCAAUAUAACACAAAGUCAGGAAUGUGACAUCAUGCAGGGUUAGGGUUUGCUAUUUGGUGGGUGCAGAAAGACACUUACAAAUUUGUUGAUGAAAUCUACACCUUUUAAAAGUCUUAUUUUCUGAGAAAUGUUUAAACUCUGACUUUAGCCUAAAAGUCCAACAGCUGUGUGAUGUUUCUUGCUUAGAGAUUACAUUAAAGAGGGUUUUAAAGUUUUGUAAUAUUCAUUAUUAUUAUCCUAAAUACACUACUCUCAUUCCAGAUGUUAUUUAUUUGAUUCAUCUGCCUAUCUGGUAAUGGAUCCAGAUUUUCUAACGGCCAAUGCACUUGAUGAGUCCCAGUACCAAACCGUUACACUGGGCCGCAAGGAGGGGGAAGUCAUGAAACAUCUUGUUUACUAUCACAAAUUUUUCAAACGGGAGGAGUCCAUUGAUUUUCAAGGCUCCUGCCGCAUUUCUGCAGAUGAGCCAAAGGUGCUGGCCAAACAAUUAUUCUGUAGCUAGAAAUGCAUGAGCUUGCCAGCUAGUAAAGUUACUUGUGUUUAGAAUUACAUUCAAAAGCUUUUAUCUCUGGUUUGCUUAACACUACAAAGCUAAACUUUUGUAGAAAAUGUUAUCUAAAUUGGGGCUUUAAAUCUGUAAAAAGGAAAUGUAGGAUUACUUUAAAAAUUGUGUAAACAUGCUAAGUGAAAUUUCAAAUCGGCAAUAAUAAAAAAUAAAAAGAUGGUGGCAUAACAAUUCAGUUGAAAUGUUUUUGAGUUUUAAAAAUAAAUGUUCAUGUUGUGAAUGAUGUUAAAAAUAGUGAGGUCAUAACAAUAUUUAUCUCUGUUCAGGUGACGUUGGAUGGCCUGCCACAAACGCCAGAGGACACCGACGACUACUACAAAAAUAGAGGGAAAAUUCCCAAAUUUUAUAAUGACUUUGGUUGCAUCCAGGAUGUUGUCAGCUACAGAGCUGAUGAUGCAGCAUUAGGUCAGUAGUUCAGUUACUUUAUUCCCCACCUCAUUCCAUUACACAAAUACAAUGCCUUCCAGAAUUUAUUGAUGAUUUUUGUCAGAAUGACAAUUUCUGUUUAAUAAAAUGGUAACUAGUGUCACUCGAUUAAAGAGACUUAAAACAAUCUAUUUUGCAAUGAUUUAAUUAUGUUUUUCUUUCAGUUUGUUUCAGACACACUGUUGCUAAUUAGUUAGAAAUUAGUUCACUGAAACAGGGCACAGAAAGAACAAUUUUUCUCUUUGUUUAGGUCCUAGUGGCAUGAUCACGGGCAAUGUGUCGGGACCCUGCAUGUCUGGACUGUACUAUGUGACGGCUCUGCCCCAGACAAACCUUUACUUGCUGGUGAUAGAAGAUUGGCUCGUUUACAAGCAGUCGCUCUUCUACAACUUUCACUGCAAAAUCACACGCAGGUAUGGCGUAUGCUGUCAUAGUUUUGAUUAGAUAAUAUCACACGCAGGUAUGGCGUAUGCUGUCACAGUUUUGAUUUGAUAACAUCACACGCAGGUAUGGCGGAUGCUGUCAUAGUUUUAAUCAGAUAACAGACCUGUUCACUCUUAUAAUUUUGGUGUACAGUGUAGGAUUUUGAGAUGUCCGUUAUGACUGUACGCCAAGACCUGUCAGAAGUGCGUUUUUAAGACACCGGGUUGACAAUAUAUACAUUCCGGUAGUUUUUCUGAUUGAGAUUUUUUUUUAAAAUUGUCGUCGGUUAGUUUUAGCUCCUUUCUUCACCCAGCCGUGAAUGGAUCGAGAACUAUGAUUGGUUGAGGACAAUCUAUAAUUGUAUUAUGUUUGUCCUGAGAGGGGAAGGGGGUGGUGUUGCUUUAGGAGAUUUUGUGUACGCGUGCCGUGCCGGGGGAUGUCUAAAUAUUUAAGUCUGUAAAAAUAACACCUUUCAAUUUUAUGUAAUGAUAGUCCUAUUGUUGCUUUGUGUUUUCAUAAUGAAGUCACUAGACAAGGCAAUAUUAAUAUUAGUAUAGUUGCCCUAGUGAAAAUUAAUUCAAUCCUCACUUUUGUUUGCUUCGAUGCCGUGUAUCGUAAUUUUGUGACAUAAUUAUUUCGUUUGGCUUCACCGUCGCGAGUAAAAAAAAAGAAAAAACUGUAUGUUUUGUUUUGUUUGGUUAACAACUGAAUGCAUUCUCGACUGUUCUGCACAGCAACAUUAGAUUUCCACAUAUUUUAUAGGAUCUCAGAGGGCCUUUGAAAUCUAUUUUUAGAACACAAAACCGUUCUAUGAUUUUUUCAUAGUAGUUUUCAGACUAGGACUGUGAUAUGUUAACUGGAAAGAGGCUAAAUGGAUAUUGAUUCUUGUUUUGUUUUAAAACCCAGCUUUUUCCUAAAAAUAAAUCUCAAGUUACUUGGUAGGUUUUGUAAAUGACGUCCUCAUUUGUUAAUUCUUAUUUCAAAAAAUUUAAUGCUGCACCAAUUCACGUUUGAACCACGUUAAACUUCACCAGUAAAUUUAUUUUUACCAGUGACGGACUGAUAAGGGUGAUCGGUAUGUUCACCCAAAUAUUAAUUGAUAUCUAUAGCAGAUAAACAUCUGCAAAACAAAGUGGCUGCAGACUGCAAUAGAAACGUCAGUCAUUUAAAUUUGGAAGUUACCUCUUUUGACGUCAACUUAACUCGAUCCUACUUGACACGUGAUACAAGUAGUUAUUGUAUACAUUAAAAAUACUGUAUGUUUAUUUAUUUACAGUAGUAUUGAAACUGUAUUGUCCGAUUUUGAGGCCACAUUGUACCUGUAUAAUUUUAGGAAUUUGAGGGUAACCAGGUCUGAGGUAAUCAAAUAACUUGAAUUUUCUUUGAAAGAGGCCACAACAUUAAAUACUUAAAAAUAUAACAAUGCAACAACUCCAGUAAUUUGUUUGUUUAGAAACUUUUUAAAAAUUUGAUCAAUGUGAUUGAAAGGGGAUAUAACGCUUGAGUUGAUGUUCACUUGCCUUUGAUUUUGAGAAUAAUUAAAUGAGUUUGGAACACACAAAUUAUAAGAAAAAUUGAGUUCUAAUGAAUUGCUCUACAAAUUCUAGCACAAGAAAUAGAGUAUUAACAUCUAUAUCUUAUGUCUUACAGCGUGGUCAACAGUGGAGCCUACCGCAUCAUCAAUGGGACUUGUGCUCAUGAAGAUACCACGGAAAGCACCUUGCGGGAUCUCGGGAAAUGUCCUAAGCUGAACGAUGUUCCUCUAAAAUGUCAAUUCAAUAAUACCAAGUUGUUGAUGGCGCACAUAUCAGUUUUGCUGGUAACUUUAUUCCUGUCACUUGUUUAAUCCCAUCUGCAGCAAUACUCUGGGUUGUGGCUUGUGAAGCCAGUUGCUCCCUGAUCUUCCUUGAUGCACAUGUUAUUCUUCUUAUGGUAGACACAUUUGGUACUUGUGAUAGACACAUUUGGUACUUGUGGUAGACACAUUUGGUAAUUGUGGUAGACACAUUUGGUACUUGUGGUAGACAAAUUUGAUACUUGUGGUAUGCUAAAAUUAGAAUAACAAUUGUAUCGCAUUUGUUUUAUUAUUGCCUCGAAACAAAACGAACGGCUUUCUUAUAGCAAUAACAUGAAAGUAUUAAAAGGUUAUUUAAAAAUUUGAAGAAUUAUACAUUUCAAGGGCAUACAUUUCAAGGGUAUACAUUAUAAAUGUAUAAAUGUACCAUGUUUAUUGUAUGCAGUCCUUACUUUAAGUCUAUUGUGCCCCAGACUGGUCAUGUUAUUGUGGAG